AUGUAUAGCUACAAACCGGCCCGAGUCAUUUUGUCAUGUAAAAACGGUUACUUCUUCCCUUCGAGCGACCUCAAUCCCAGAAAUAUAAAAGCGACGAAUCGACGGCAGAAAGGCAUCUUCAGCCUCAUCACAGCAGCUUCGGUGAUGUUCGCUCGCUUCGUCCUUCUGUCGGUCGUCGUCCUGACGGCUUCUGCCCUUCCGAUCGACCAUUCCAGGCAAUAUUCAAUUGAUUAUUCAACAAAUAACCCUUCUUUUUUUCAGUUAUGAAAGCGCUGGAGGAAAAUCUGGCUAUGGCAGUGCGUCUGCUCACAAGAAGGACUUCAACGUGAAAUCGGAGCACAGCGGUCACGACGUGGGAGAUCAUGGGUUGCUUUUCAUUUCUUACACUUUCUGAACUCCAACUAUCAGAUAUUAUGGCGACAAGAAGGCUUCUGCUCACGACGCUGCCGCCAAGGACGCCGCCAGCCACAAGCACGAGACUGAGGCUCACAACUCUGGCGCCGGCAGCAAGUAUUCUAACGACGCUUCCAACUACAACAAGGGUGAGCUACAUAAUCUUCUUUUUCUUUAAAGAAAAAAUGUUUAGACGUCAAGACCAAGACUUAUGGAUUCUUCGACUACCACUACGUCCAGCCCCAAUACCACAUGGAACAGUUCCACACCGACGAGAAACACGCCGCGAAAUACUCUGGAGAUGAACACUCCAACGGCCAGAAGCACAAGGACAACAGCGGAUACCACGGCGCUGGUUAUCAAGGAUAUGGUUACUGAUUCUAAUUAAUGCAGCUAGUAAGAAUGAGCUUCAGACAAGGCUCAGGAGAAGCAUGGAAACGAGCACUCCAACUACGGAGAGGAGGAUGCCGGACACAAGAACUACUACGGCGACAAGGAUUCCAAAUACGGUUCAAAACGUGUUGUCAUCUUCGAAAACUGAACAAAUUCAGGAUCUCACGCCGACGGUUACCACGGAAAGGGCUACGACAGCUACGGUCGCGGCUACGAAUCGGCCCAUUCUCAGCCUUCCUACUACCAACCUCAGCCUCACUACGGCUACGAGCCCCACUACUCCCACGGUGGAUACCAUUCCCAGCCCUACUACGGCUUCGAUCCUCGAUUCUGA